AUGGCGUCCAUAUCAUUAUCGCCAAAUGCACACAAGGCCUUGGAGUCCUCUCACCUCCAAGACCGUAUAAUCGGUACCAUCUUUGGAUCAGCGUUAGGGGACGCAAUCGGAUUGUACACCGAAUUUCUCUCUGCUGAGGUCUCUUCCAAGGCUUACCCCGACCGCACUUUUACUUUACUCCCCGUCGAGAAAGCCACUCCCUUUCGUCGCGAUCAUCACAGGAACUUUCACGUUACGGGGGACUGGACAGAUGACACGGAUCAUGCUGUCUUAAUACUGCUCUCGUACCUCCACGGCGACGGCAAGAAGCUUGGUCCUCAAGACUUUGCCUCGAGGCUCUCAGUCUGGGUGCGCAUGGGAUUGAGAGCUCUCGAUACCCUGCCUCUUGGUUUGGGGCGGACUGUCGGUGGUAUCGUCAGGAGCAAAUCUUAUCUCGAUGACCCUGAAGAAACAGCUCGAAAGUUCUGGGUAACGGGCAAAUACAACGCUGCGCCCAAUGGGAGCUUGAUGAGAACGCACCCGCUAGGACUCAUGUGUCUUGGAAAGUCAGUCGAAGAAACUUUCCAAACCGCAGCCGAUUUCUCUGUGGUCACUCACGUGGACCCAAGAUGUGUGGUUUCCUGUGCGAUUGGGACUGCUCUUGUAAGAGGUCUUGUACUUGGAGAGAUAUAUGAGGAACAACAUGUCGAUGAAUUGAUCGAAAUUGGCCUUGCUUGGUACACCCAGCUUCGCGAAAAGGAAAUCCAAGAACCCGACAGACAAGACGAGCCGCGGCUAGAUCUCGCCGAGUUUAGAAAACAUGCCACAGCUCAAAAACUAGUAGACCUCAGGUUGGAUGAGAGUUAUAAGAUCGGCUAUGUCUAUAAGACCUUUGGCUCUGGCAUUUUGCUUCUUCGCCUUGCACUACGCCAGUUCAAGUCAUCGGGUCAAAUCUGUUCUCAGCUUGCCAUCUUCGAAAAGCUAAUCACCGACCUUAUAAUGGAGGGCGGAGACGCAGACACAAACGCUUGCUUUGCUGGUGCUCUUCUUGGGGCGUUACUCGGCUACAAGGCCCUGCCGCCACAUUGGCGUGAUGGUCUCCGACAUGGAGUAUGGUUGAUGGAGAAGUCAGAAGGGUUAUGCGACACACUAGGUGUAACCAAGGGAUCCUACGUAGGAUCCAAGGAUAAAGAUACCGCAGAGGAUGGUGGGCGGGGCUUCUUGACAGAUGCUCAGAUGGAGGAGAAGUGCAUGAGGAUGCAGGCUUGGAUGGCUCAGGAGGAAACGGAGUGGAAGAAGAGGCAGGAAGCUGACAAGAAGAAACCUAAGUGGUUUAAUUGGAAGUGA